GUUCCGACAGCCAAUAUUGUAAAUUCAGUGAGUCCAUCAUGGCCACUCCAGGGCGACAUCUAUGUCGCACACUGUACCAAGUAUCCAGACAGAUACCUGUGAAACGAAAAUGCCAACCUCAAUGGCUCGUCCGCAAUCAAAAUGCCACCACUUCUUUCCUCCGACCUCUUUCGACCACCUGCGCUCUGCGAGCGGAAGACUCUCGGCGGCCUCCACCGACCUCUGCUCAAUUUGAUGAGGACACUCUCGAUGACAGUGAAGACCCGGAGAAACUCGACCCCAGUGAGUACCUCACGCCUCGCUCGCCGAUCACCGUGGCGGAUCUCGGCCCCGAAGAGCGUGCGGACUACGACAUGCUUUCCAAGGCCGACCAGGAGGAAUACCUGGCGCUGCAGAACCACUACGAAGCCAUGUUUGAGUCAGCCGAGGCCGAGAGUGCGCUCGAUGGUGCGGUGGACGACGUCGACCGACAGGUCGAAAAGGAAACCGAGUCGCUCGAUUUCCCCGACAUCGCGACGAAACCGUCCCUCUCCGGCUUCUGGACCGACGAGGAGGACGAGUUUGGUCAAUACGACGAAGAACCGGCCUGGGACGACUCGGCCAUCACAUCGGUGGCACACAGUGAAUUGGAAGUCCACCGUGAGAUUAGAGAGUACACGAGAGUGAUAGCAUGGGAUAUGCCGUUGUUAAACCAAUACGCCAAAGAAUUCAAACCACCUACACAAGCCACCCCCCUCAGAUUCCGGUACACGACGUACAUGGGUGAAGUUCACCCGGCGGCGAAGAAGGUGGUGGUUCAAUUCUGCACAAAGGAUCUGCCGAACCUCACGGAGGCGCAACGAAUGAAACUGAUUAAACUCGUCGGCGUGCGAUACAACCCGGACACGGACAUGGUGAAGAUGUCGACCGACAAGUUCGAGGCCGCCGCGCAAAACAAGCGGUACCUGGGAGAUUUGAUUAACAAGCUCCUCGACGAGACGAGAAACGGCAAGGACACAUUCGAGGACAUCCCGCUCGACAUGCGGCACCACAAGUCCAAGAAGAAGCACUGGUUCCCCAAGAAGUGGAUGAUGAAGCCUGGCAGGAUACAGGAGCUGGCGGAGGUGCGAAAGGAACAACAGAAGCUGCUCCUACAGUCCGGAGAGACUGGUGCCGCUGCCCUCCCCGACGGUCGGCAGGCGGUUCAGAGUUACGUUCGAACGCUGGCGCAGAGCAAUUGGGGAGCAGAGGCACAAAGGCAAAGGACAUUGUAGAGGGAGAGGACCUUUGCGCUUUUGGACGUGUAAAAACAUUUGAAACAUGGAACUUGGACUCGAGCCUUUUGUAGAAAAAAGAAAUCUAUAUUUUCUCUGAUUCAGCAA